AGAAGUAGAAAUUGAAAUGUCAGUUGUCUCUAGUGCUUCAAGUCGUAUUACCCAUAUUUGGUUUUUAAAUGGAAGGAUCAAUGAUUAGAGUUUAAAAAAAAUCAAAUUUUUAUGACGUAAUUGAAUUAUUAAUAUUAUUUACAAAUACUAGUCAUUGAAAUAAUGCAAAAGUAUUUUAAUUUAACAGAAGUGAAUCAGUGAUCGUUGUAAUAGCUAGAAACAUUUAAAACGACGCUUUGUUUAAGUUUUCUUUAUAAAAAGCGAUAAAGUUCAAUUUGUUAUUAACUUGAGAGAUUACGUUUAGUUUGAUAACAAGAACUAGAUAAUAUAUGAGGCAGUUGAAAUAAUCAUUCCGAGUGGAUACGUAUUAGACGCAACAUGGAUUUGAAAGUUUUAAAACGAUCGAGAUUGAUACAUCUAUGUUUAGCAAUAACGUUUUUCACGUCGGGAAUAAUAGUGAAUUUAGUACAGUGUAUACUCUAUUUGUGUCUUAGGCCUUUUAACAAAUGGUUAUAUCGUAAAAUAAAUUGGUAUUUGUGCUACACGAUAUACUCACAAUUAGUUUGUCUCGGAGAUUGGUGGUCACAGUCGAAAAUAUACGUAUACACUGAUAAAAAAGUAUUCGAUAAAUAUUUUGGUAAAGAACAUGCUUAUUGUAUAAUGAAUCACACUUAUGAAGUAGAUUGGUUAAUAGGGUGGAUGAUUACGGAUAAAUUACAUUUAUUAGGGAAUUGUAAGGCUUAUGCCAAGAAAGUGAUACAGUACAUCCCCGUGUUAGGUUGGGCUUGGAAAUGCUCCGAAUUUGUAUUUUUGGAAAGGAAUUUCGAUAAAGAUAAAGAAAUAAUUAAUAAACAAAUUACCGAAUUGUCCGAGCAUCCAGAUCCAAUGUGGUUGCUUCUUUUCCCGGAAGGUACUAGAUUUACGACGAAAAAACAUGAGGCUUCCAUCGAAUUCGCCAUUAAAAACAAUCUGCCCCAACUCAAACACCAUCUGCUGCCCCGCACCAAGGGUUUCAUCGCUAGUUUGCCGGCGAUGAAAGGAAAAGUCCCCGCGAUCUACAACUGCGAAUUAGCCUUCAAUGAAGACGAUCCGAUCAAACCGACAAUCACCAACAUGCUGUUGGGUAAAUCGGUGUCGGCGCACAUUUAUUUCGAAAGGACACCGCUGGAAAAUCUACCCAACGAUCCGCAAGAACAGGAAACUUGGUUGAGGGAUAUGUUUAUACGAAAAGAUAAAAUGAGGGAGAGUUUUCUCAAGACUGGUGAUUUUUUUACCGCAUCCGGCGUGCCACGAAUGGAACCUUUCGAAUUAUCGCCGAGAAUAGAGUCGAUAGUGAACCUCAUCGUUUGGCAGAUAGUCACUUUAGUGCCCAUAUCUUAUUAUCUCGUUAAAUUGCUGUUUAGCGGGGAGAUAUUAUAUUUUUCUGUGGGAGUCGGUAUUAUAGCUACGUUCUUCCUGUUGUUGAACAAAACCAUCGGGAUGUCGGAAAUCGACAAGGGUUCCUCGUACGGGACCGAAACAACUCCAAAGAAGACUCACUAAAAAUAAAUGUUUUUCUAGUGUUUAGUCUACUUAUUUUUAGAGUAUUUGUGCCAAUACUCGUGAUGAAAAAUUACCUUUUUUUAUGUGUGAAUAUUAUAACUCGCAUUUGGUACAACAAAACACCAUCGAAUCAACACUAACAGUUACGUAGUUUGGUCCUUUGAGCGUUUUAUAGAUUAAUACCCGACUCGAAGGGCCAAAUGGUGCAAUUUCGAGUGUUUAUUCCAAAAUUUUUGACGCUUUUAUGUUUUUACUUAGUAAAAAUUUGAGUAACAUCAACUUUUGCACGUUUUCUUGGUUUCGAUACAUAUUUUAUCGUUUAUGUUUAUCUUCGGUCUCUAUUUAGUCAUUUUAUUCUUCAUUCUAUAAGGUUUGUACGAAAUUUGAAUGUUUUAUAUACUAAUACCCGCCUAGAAGGACCAAAUGGUGCAAUUUCAAAUGAUUUUUCCUGAAAUUUUGACCCUAUCAUGUUUUUAAGUACCAAAUUUGAGGGUUUUAUUGAUCAAUACCCAGUUCGAAGGACCAAAUGGUGCAAUUUCUUAUGGUUUUAUUCACUAAAAAUUUAAGAAACAUCAACUUUUUGCACGUUUUCUUGGUUUCGAUACAUAUUUUAUCGAUUAUGUUUAUCUUCGGUGUCUAUUUAGUCAUUUUAUUCUUCAUUCUAUAAGAUUUGUACGAAAUUUGAAUGUUUUAUAUACUAAUACCCGGCUCGAAGGACCAAAAGUGCAAAUAAAAGCGUUUGUUCCAAAAAUUUUGACUAUCAUGUUUUUGCAUUCCAAAUUUGAGCGUUUUAUAGAUUAAUACCCGGCUCGAAGGACCACAUAGUGCUAUUUUGAGUGUUGUUUCCAAUAAUAUCGACUAAUUCGGAAUAUAUUAUUGUUUGACGUAUCCAAAACUCAAGUUUUUUUCAAUUUUUCUUUGUAUCGACAUAUAUUCAAUCUUCAGUGUCUAUUUUGUGUUCAAAAAAAGUCGAAACGUCACUUCAUCAUCUGUCCUACGAGACUUGUACAAAAUGCGAGUUGAAUAUUUCAGUUUUUUAAAUGUGAUUAGAAGACAUUUAUAUUUAUUGUUAACUGCCUAAUGGUAGUGGUGGCGACGUAUAUUUUGUUAUUAUUAUUUUUUUUAAUUUAUUUUGAGCUUUAAUAAAGAAAGAAGAAGAGGAAAGUUUUAUUUGGUGUCUAGUUGCAGCGUCACACAAGAUUUGGUGACGAUUUAUCUGUGGGAUAAAACGUUGUGAAGCGAUCAUAUAUUUACCUAACCUCACUUUUUGUUGUACGUUUAUAUCUAGAGUAUAAUUAAAGUCAAUUGAAGAAC